AUGCUGGCCGUCGAGAAGAACAACGAGAACAGGAGCUUGAAGACCAAUCGUCUCUUCCCGACCCCAAACAAGCCGGACCCCAUGCCACAGAAUUUGGCCUUCUUGUUCACGAAGAUCACGCCUGAGCAAAUGAUCUACAUGCAGUGGAACGUGCUUACGGCGAUCUUCGUGUCGCAAGUUUUCAUGGUCGUUGCUUAUUGCGGGGCCCUGGCUUGCUUCCCGGACUACUGGUGGACCUGCACGCUGUGCUUCGGCCUGCCUUUCUCGUACAUCGCCAUUCAGAACAUCUACAUCGACCACGAUGUCAUGCACGGGGCCACAUUUCCCGUCUAUGAGUGGCAGCGCUUCCUCACCCACCCGUUUGCAGAUUUCUUCAGUUUGCCGUGGGAGGAAUUCGUCCUGGAGCACAACAGGCAUCAUGCGUCCACUGUGGACUUGCUGAUCCAGGGCGAGUUCGGCUGGGACCCCGAGGAGUUCCACUACGCCCUGCAGCAGUGGGCCGGGCCGUGGGGCGCCAACUGGUACAAGUAUCUCCUGACUGUGCCGUUCAUCCCCGUGAUCCACUUCUUUGGGCUGAACGACACUGGCUCCCUCUUCGCUCUGGAGUGGUGGAUGCACUUCCCUGACGAGGGUGCAGGCGGGAAGUGCAACAAGGAGUUCUGGAGCAAGUGGGUUCCUCGUCGCAUUAAACACAAUGCGUUUGUCCUGUCCCUGUGGGCCUUGGUGUGGCUUCUCGGCACCUACCCUCUGGGACGUCCUCUCAGCGAGGGAUGGAGGUUCAUGUUCACGGUGUCCUUCUUCGCGCGCGUGGGGUAUUCAGCGGCCUGGAUGUUCAUCACCAACUUCACACAUAGCCUUCCUUGGAACGAGUUCCUGGCGCAGGACCCGGGUCGUACCUGGCCGGUGCUUCACAACGUGAUGGCCAUGGUCCUUGGAGGCAAGCAUCGCUGGAACGAGAUGCUCUUCCAUGACGUGCACCAUGCUUUCCCCAAUGCUGUCGGCACGCUCAGCCAGCGUGGCCGCUUCCACGGUUGGGAGAAGGUGCACGACGCAGCGGCUGAGGUUCUUCACCGCGGCCUGUGGAAACCAAAUGGUGAUGAGGAGACCCAGAUGCAGAAGACCCAGCGCAAGCGUUCCCUGAUGAUGAAGCAGGGCAAGUAA